AUGACCACUGCUGCCGUCAAGCUCCUGACUGUCCUGUUCUUCUUCUUUGCCGUUUCUCUUCGGGCAACAGCUACCAACGGCGAGUCAUGCGGCACGUCCAGCAUCCAGGUGCAGACCAUGAACACGGGCGCGAGGGCGGCCGGCGGCGACACGGUGUUCGAGGUCCAGGUGAAAAAUCUGUGCCCAUGCAGCGUCAGGAACGUGCGCGUCGACGGUGGCGGCUUCGCGACGACGGUGGAGGUCGACCAGACCCUGUUCCAAGCCGUCGACGGCGGUGUCUACCUAGUGAACGCCGGCGAGCCCAUCCAGAGCAUGGGCGCCGUGAGCUUCCGUUACGCCUGGGACCACUUCUUCCAGAUGACUCCCAGGAGCUUGGAGGUCGAGGGCCAGUGCUAG